AUGUCAGGACGCGGAAAGCAAGGAGGCAAGGCACGCGCCAAGGCUAAGUCGCGCUCGUCCCGCGCUGGCCUUCAGUUCCCGGUGGGCCGAGUCCACCGCCUGCUCCGUAAAGGCAACUAUGCCGAGCGGGUAGGGGCUGGCGCUCCAGUCUACAUGGCGGCUGUGCUCGAGUACCUGACGGCGGAAAUCCUGGAGCUGGCAGGCAACGCAGCACGAGACAACAAGAAGACCCGCAUCAUUCCUCGUCAUCUCCAAUUGGCCAUUCGUAACGACGAGGAGCUGAACAAGCUGUUGGGCAAAGUCACCAUUGCGCAGGGUGGGGUUUUGCCCAAUAUCCAGGCUGUUUUAUUGCCAAAGAAAACUGAAAGCCACAAAGCCAAAAGCAAAUAAA